AUGCCGCCUCGCUACGGAGCUCUCGGUGCCACUUUCCAACUGGCACGUAUUUUCCAGGCCUGUUCGCUCAUUGCCAUUAUUGGCAUGACAGCUAAAUUCAUCUCAUCGAUUGUCAAUAACAAUGCGACGCCGCCCAACAUUCUUAUCGGAACGAUCAGUGUCACUUGUAUCGCCGCUAUCUACUGCAUCAUCACAGGCAUCCUCUUCUUCGAUGACAUCCUCCCUUUCCUUCCCUGUGCGGUCUUGGAUUUCCUCCUACUCAUUGCACUCAUCGUUGUUGCUGUGAUAAUGGGCAAGCCUCUCUCUUAUUUAAAGUGCUCGUCACUCGCUUCGCUGGGCUUCAACGACGCCACUGUAUACGCUUUUUCGUCCCGCUUGUCCAACGUGGUGGCAACCAUUAGUGGGACGAUUGAUUUCUCGUCGUGGAUUGGGGCGUCGAAGACAAUUUGCUUGGAGACAAAGGCGAUUUGGGGACUCAGCAUUGCCUUAUGUAUUUUAUUCUUCUUCUCGGUCAUUUGCAAUUUUUGCCUGUGGCGCCAGAAGAAGGUCAUGGUAAACGCAGAGAAGUAA